AGAUCAUAAAAAGCUAAGAUCAUAAAAAGCUAUCUUUGUUUGGUCCUUUGAGAAUUCUAGUGCUUCUGCUAUUGCUUAAAACUUUUCCAAUCUAAAGUCAGGUUUCUUUGGAAGAAACAUUUCUCUUCUGUUGUUCCUCUUUUUCUUUCUUGGCCUUUCAAACCACUUUUCUUGUCCACAUAUAUACAUAUUUAUGUGAUGAAAUAAGCUAAAGAGAAAGAGGGUAUUUUGUUUUUUUUUUCUUCAAAAAAAGGUAAAGAGAGAUGGCAUUAGAGACAGUGAUUUACCCUCAAGAAUCAUUUGGGUACGGUUGCAAAGAGUACUAUAUUCCAGCUAAUAAUUUUAAUUAUAAUUGUGAGUUGGGUUUAUUACAAGGAGGAGGAGCAGAAGAAAUGACUUUUACUAGCUUGUUGGAUCCAAGUAACAAUAAUAAUAACAAUAGUACUAAUAGAGAGUCUUCAUCUUCACCAGUACUGAUGUACAACAACAAUGCAAGACAGUACAAUUGGGAUCCAAAUGAAGAUCAUCAGCUGUUUAUGGAAGGGUCUCCGGCGGCCAUAACGGAACCUCAGGUGGCGGCCAGAGCCGCCACAGUGUCCGGCCGCCGGAAAAGAAGGCGAACAAAAAGUUGUAAAAACAAGGAAGAAUUGGAGAACCAAAGAAUGACUCACAUUGCUGUUGAACGAAACAGGCGUAAACAGAUGAAUGAGUACCUUGCUGUUAUUCGAUCUUUGAUGCCACCUUCUUACGUUCAAAGGGGUGACCAAGCAUCAAUAAUUGGAGGAGCCAUAAACUUUGUGAAGGAGUUAGAACAUCAUCUUCAAUCCCUAGAAGCUCAAAAGAGAAGCCAUUCUCGAAAACAACAAGAAGAACAACAUUCAGAUCAUCAUGGCACAUCAUCAACUCCACUAUUUGCUGAUUACUUCGCUUUUCCACAGUACUCAACUCAUUCAAAUCAUUCCAACAGUACUUCUCCGACCACAUGUGAUUCUCCGUUGGCGGCGGCGUUGGCUGACAUUGAAGUGAGCAUGGCUGAGAGUCAUGCCAAUCUGAAGAUACUCUCAAAGAGAAGGCCAAAACAGCUCUUGAAAAUAGUAGCUGGGCUUCAGUGUCUAUGGCUUACUGUUCUUCAUCUCAAUGUCACCACUGUUGACCAUAUGGUUCUUUACUCCAUCAGUCUCAAGCUAGAGGAAGGGUGCCAGCUAACUACUGCAGAUGAAAUUGCUGACGCUGUUAAUCAAUUGUUGGGUAGAAUCCAAGAGGAAGCUGCUUCAAGCUGAUGAUUGAAAAAACCUUGGUUUUAUUGUACGGGGUUUAAGCUUUCUCAAAAUGUUCUCUCUUAUUUCAUUUCAUUUUAUUUUGCUUUUUCUUAUCUGGGUUUCAAGUUCUUGUACAAGAUCCUAACUGGCUCUAGCAAAAAUUAAUAACGCCCAUCUAUAACUAGCUAGCUUUUGACAGCUUUGUGUUAAUUUGUAAUUGUACUUAAGUAAGUCUGCAGUGGUUUAGGUAUGAAUUAGACAAUAAAAAUCAAUUUCAUUUACUCAA